CUACCUUCUUCGCAGAUUUCCCCAAUCAUCAUCUUUUUUAAUUCUUCCCUGUUUUUACUGAGCUGGCGUUAUCUCAGGAAACUCUGGAGCUGGAAACCAAAAACAAAGGGGUAGUGCUCGCCCUAUAUGAAGCCUUGAGCUCAAGCAACGUCGUUCAGGUCACCAACCUAUUGGCCUCUGAUCUCGAGUGGUGGUUCCAUGGUCCACCUUCUCACCAAUUCUUGAUGCGCAUCCUAACCGGUACUUUCAAAUCCCAUCAACAACAAUCUUUCCAGUUCCUUCCUAAAACAUACGACGCUUUCGGGUCAAUUGUCUUAGUCGAAGGCUGUGACCCGACCCGAUCCAUUACUUGGGUUCACGCCUGGACUGUUACUGAUGGGGUGAUUACUCAAGUUAGAGAGUAUUUUAAUACCUCGCUUACUGUUACCCGUUUUGGGAAGAAAAGUGAAUUGGAUAUUUCGUCUGCUAUAACGUCCUUGCAUUGUCCUUCUGUUUGGGAGAGUAGGCUAGCUAAUCGGGUCGGGAAAUCUGUUCCGGGUCUUGUACUGGCUCUGUAAAACGACCCUUUUCGUGUGCUUAUGGGCUAGUUUGUUUCGGUUUGGGUUCUGUUUUUAUUUUAAAUUAAAGUUCUAGUAUUUCGUAAGUUUGUUUAGGUUUAUUGUUGUUGUGAUUUAGUUAAAGAGGGUAUCAUCAUGAUUGGGAGACCCUUCUACUCGAUUUAUGAUGUAUUGGCGUGUAUUGUUUGCAAUAAAAGUGAUUGUGUUUGGUUAGAAAA